AUGUUGCAGCGCGAUCUGCCGCCACUAUCGGGGGGCUGCCGUCUUCCGUCAGGCUAUGUGCGUUGCCGAUUGGCUCAGGCAGCAUUGUCCGCCCGGGCGCGGCGCACAGAGAAGCCCCGUGCGGCCGCCAUGGGGGCCACCGUCGCGCCGGCGAGUGUCUCGCCAGUUCAGCCGCAGGGCUGCGCAGCGGGGGGGGCAAGCCCCCCUCCAGAGGCCGCGGCGGCCGCCGCCGGGCCCGCCCCCGCUGCGGCGGCGGCGGGGGCCCCGCGGGGCAUCCUCCGCCGGAGGUCCGCGCGCGCGGGGCGCAGCCCGCCGCCGCCGCCGCCGCCGUGGCGGCGGCUGUGCCCCAGGCGGCGACAGCAGCUUGUGUCCUUCAAGAGCACCGUCCGUGUCCGGGAGUAUCGCAGGGUCCUCGAUGGUGGCGGCACCGUGCCCGGGGACGGCAGCUCCGUCACCCUGGGGCUCGGGAGGCUCGUCGCGAAGAGCAGCGCGCCCCUGCUGCACGACCGCCCGCCGAGUCAGAGGCCAAUCGAGGAGCGCAGCUGGGUGCCCAGCGGCAUGCGGGUGCACAUGCUCCGGAAGGCGAUGGGCGACAAGGUGUUCUUCGGCCUGUGGGCGAAGCGCAGGUGGGAGGUGGCGCGCAUUAAGCGCUCGCGCAAGCGAUGCAACCACGACGGCGCGGACUGCUGCCUGAUGCCGGAGUCUCUGGAGGAGGCCGAGGGCCGCGCGGCGGCGCUGCGCGAGGAGGUCGAGCGCCGCGUGCCGCCGAAGCGUACCCGCGCCGGCCCCGGGGCGGCGGUCACCAUGUUGGCCAGCCCGCCCAAGACGUGUCGCUCCCCGCGCAAGAGGCCGUUCAAGGAGGUCGAGUUCUCGGAGCUUCCGGCGGCACCUCAUAGCCCCGUCGACAGCAAGGUGCUUGCGGUACUUGAUGCGCCGGACAACCUCAGGAGCCCUCCGGCCAAGCGGCAGUGGGCCGCGAAGGGUGCAUGA